CUGUGGCGCAACCAGGGUGAUGACUGACCAAGGCGUAGCCUGAGGGACAAAGGAUCCCGGUGAAGCCUGAAGGAUGACGAACCAUGGUGGAGCCGAGAGAGCGUGGAGACAAUGGGUCGACAGGCCAAGGUGAAGUCCAGGGCUCAGAGGCCUAAGGUGGAGCUAGGGGAUUCUCACAUCAAGGUGGAGCUGGAUACUGGUAAGCCCAAGGCAGAUCCGAGUUGGAUGGGGCCACCAAAUGAGAAGCCGAGUGGCCAAAGGGAGCCAGCAGGGGUAGUACCAAAGAACUGUAUGGAAUCAGCAGAGAAGGAUUGAAUGGGAGGCUGGGCAGGACCAACGACAAUGAAGGAAACUUGAGGCUGGGUGCGACCAAUGGCAAUGAUGGAGACUUGGGGCUGGGCAGGACCAGUAGCAACAAAGGAGACUUAGGCAGCUCCAGCAGUGGAGAUGGGGCUUGAAAGUAGGAUGAGAUCAGGGAAUUCAGGAGCUUAUACAGGGACUCCCUCAGGGAUGAACAUAGAUACUGGCUCACACACCUGGUCAGAUUCAUCUGGCUUUGGGUCUGCAGCGGACUGUGGCUCUGGGUCCUAUCUGGGCAUGGCAUGGUUGGCAUUCUUGGGCAAGGGGUAUGAAGGCUGCUUCUAGAUCCAUGUGUGAUCCUGUAUUUUAUCACGGUGCAGGCAAGGGAAGAGGAGCUAAGGAUCUAAAUUGCAGCAGUUUCAAAGACAAAGGUCAAAUAAGGCAAUCCAGAAGGCAAAAUCAUCAUAACAGCUUCACACAUGUAAAGACAAUACAGGACAUUGAGAAGAACCAAAAUGAGGGCUUAAAUCACCAUCUAAAACAAAUACUAGCAACAAGCUGUGCUGCUUUUUUCAGCAAGGAAGGGCAAAAAUAGGAAUUAGCAACCAGCCAGAACAACAGCAUAGCAACACCUUUACAACCAUUCAGAACACCCUAGCAACCACAUAUCAACACAUUUUAAAACCACUCUGCAACCUUAGCAAUGACCUAGCAACCAGACAUUACACCCAUACACCCCAGACAAACACUAUUCGCAUUUUCCUAAAAAAAAAAAAAAAAAAAACUGCAUUACAGCUCUUUUGGGUAGUGAAUUCUCAAGGAAAACAUCCACCUGAGAAUGAAACUCUUAUUACACUUAUUAACACUUAUUUCUGAUAUGAACACAGUUUGACAUGGUGAUGUCAUAGAAAUUGCAACAGAAAGCAUGGUAAAGGUAAGCAAAGGCGAAUCCUGAUCACUGCAUUGUGAAUAUAAUGAUGAGGCACAUGCAGCCUGUGGAUACACAGUGGAGAGAGAAGCAGAGAGAGACGACAUGCAGUGUGAGUGUUUGAGAGAAAAAAAAAAAGUGCUCUUAAGCAUUCCAUCAUUUACGUCCCCGCAGCCUCUCUGUCCCCCCAACCCCUCCUCCUAGAGAGAGAGAGAGUCAAUACGCAAGGCAGCAAACGGCAAGAGAGGACUCCAGUCUGCUGAAGCACAGCACUGCUCGCUUUCUUGAGAGGAGAGAGGCAGAGAACCACUAGCCUUCUCCUCCUCCAUCCGUGUGUGUGCUUGCGUGAGGCUGGUGGACACAGCAGCAGUGUUAGCAUUAGCAGGGGAUCUGUGCUCGAUCUUCCAAAAUGCUCAACAACCUCACUGAAUGCGAAGAGGGAGAUGGGGGACCCAACAGUCAGGGAGAUGCAACAUCCAAGGAGAGCAGCCCCUUUAUUAACAGCAGCACCAGUGACGUAGAGAAAAGCCAGCAGUAUGAUGGGAAAAACAUGGCUCUGUUUGAGGAGGAGAUGGACACUAGUCCUAUGGUAUCUUCUCUGCUGAGCAGCCUCGCCAACUACUCCAACCUGACGCAAGGCAGUAAAGAGCAUGAGGAGGCAGAAAACAACGAGGAGGCGCGCAAGAAAACUGUGCAGGCUCCACGUAUGGGCACGAUAAUGGGCGUGUACCUGCCAUGUAUGCAGAACAUCCUGGGGGUGAUCCUUUUCCUCAGGAUGACCUGGCUGGUGGGCGUUGGAGGCGUCCUGGGAACCUUCGCCAUCGUAUUCAUGUGUUGCUCCACGACUAUGCUGACUGCCAUCUCAAUGAGUGCUAUUGCCACCAAUGGAGUUGUGCCAGCUGGAGGUUCAUACUACAUGAUUUCUCGUUCACUGGGGCCGGAGUUUGGCGGGGCCGUUGGUAUAUGUUUCUACCUGGGCACCACUUUCGCCGGGGCCAUGUACAUCCUGGGCUGCAUCGAAAUCCUGCUGAUCUACAUUGUUCCACCAGCUGCCAUAUUUAAGAUGGAGGGUCUGGAGGGAUCAGAGGCCGAGGCAGCGUUGUUGAAUAACAUGCGUGUGUACGGUACCAUCGUGCUCUCCUUGAUGUCUUUAGUUGUUUUUGUCGGUGUGAAGUACGUCAAUAAGUUGGCCCUUGUGUUCCUCGCCUGCGUCAUCCUCUCCAUUCUCGCCGUCUACGCUGGGGUCAUCAAGACAUCUUUUGAUCCACCUGAAUUUCCGGUGUGUGUGCUCGGGAACCGAACUCUUCUGUCAAAGGGGUUUGACAUUUGUGCCAAGACCAUAGAGCAGGGAAAUGUCACUGUCACCACCAGGCUCUGGAGAUCCUUCUGUGACUCUGAGUUCCUGAACGCUACCUGCGAUGAUUACUUCAACAACAACAAUGUUAGUCAGAUCCAGGGAAUCCCUGGAGUCACCAGUGGCAUCCUGGCAGAAAACCUUUUCAGCAUGUUUGCGGAGAAAAAUUCUUUCAUAGAGAAACGAGGUAUAUCGGCAGCACUCGACCCCGAGGCCCCACUAACCAACGCUAACCGAUAUGUCCUGGCUGACAUCACCAGCUUCUUCACCCUGCUGGUUGGGAUCUACUUCCCUUCUGUCACAGGUAUCAUGGCUGGUUCCAACCGCUCUGGUGACCUGCAGGAUGCUCAGAAGUCCAUCCCUAUUGGUACCAUCCUGGCCAUCACAACCACCUCCUUUAUCUACAUGUCCAGUGUGGUUCUGUUCGGAGCCUGUGUGGAUGGAGUCGUUUUGAGGGACAAAUUUGGAGAAGGCGUCAACGGUAACUUGGUUAUUGGCACCCUGGCAUGGCCCUCGCCCUGGGUCAUUGUGUUUGGCUCCUUCUUCUCCACCUGUGGGGCGGGGCUUCAGAGUUUGACAGGAGCGCCCCGCCUCCUUCAAGCUAUCUCCCGUGAUGGCAUCAUUCCCUUCCUCAGGGUGUUUGGUCAUGGCAAAGCUAACGGUGAACCUACAUGGGCUCUCCUCCUGACGGCCUGCAUCUGUGAGAUUGGCAUCCUCAUCGCCUCCCUGGAUGCAGUCGCACCCAUUCUGUCUAUGUUCUUUCUCAUGUGCUACAUGUUUGUAAACCUGGCCUGUGCACUGCAGACUCUCCUCAGGACCCCGAACUGGAGGCCACGCUUUAAGUUCUACCACUGGGCUUUGUCACUCUUGGGCAUGAGCUUGUGUCUCACCCUGAUGUUCCUGUGCUCCUGGUACUACGCCAUUGUUGCCAUGGGGAUCGCCGGCUGCAUCUACAAGUACAUCGAAUUCUGCGGGGCAGAGAAAGAGUGGGGCGAUGGGAUACGUGGCAUCUCUCUGAGUGCCGCCCGCUAUGCUCUGAUGAGGCUGGAGGAAGGUCCUCCUCACACUAAAAACUGGAGGCCCCAGAUUCUGGUUCUUAUGGGCUUGGAUGGAGAGCAGAAUGUAGAGCAACCUCGACUGCUGUCGCUGACCAAUCAGCUGAAAGCAGGCAAAGGCCUUACCAUCGUGGGAGCGUGUGUGGAGGGCACCUACUUAAACAACCAACCACAGGCACAGAAAGCAGACCAAUCCCUAAGGAAGCUGAUGGAGAUUGAGAAGGUGAAGGGAUUCAGUCAGGUAGUGAUCUCUUCUAACCUGCGGGACGCCACCUCACAUCUGAUACAAGCUGGAGGUUUAGGUGGCCUCCGCCACAAUGCGGUUCUGGUCAGCUUCCCCAAGAACUGGAAACAAGCUGAGGAGCACCACCGUUGCAGAAACUUCAUUGAGAUUGUUAGGGAGACCACCGCAGCUCAGUUGGCUUUGAUGGUGCCGAAGAACAUCUCUGCAUAUCCGUCAAAUGGAGAGCGUUUCACUGAAGGCUACAUUGACGUGUGGUGGAUUGUCCAUGAUGGAGGCAUGCUCAUGCUCCUUCCCUUUCUUCUGCGCCAGCACAAGGUGUGGAGGAAGUGCAAGAUGCGUAUCUUCACUGUGGCUCAGAUGGACGACAACAGCAUUCAGAUGAAGAAAGACCUGAUGACGUUCCUCUAUCACCUGCGCUUCGAUGCUGAGGUUGAGGUGGUUGAAAUGCAUGACAGCGACAUCUCGGCCUACACUUACGAAAAGACCCUGGUGAUGGAGCAGCGAUCGAAAAUCCUCAAGGAGAUGCACCUUACCAAGAAUGAGCGUGAGAGAGAGAUUCAGAGCAUCACAGAUGUGUCCCGUGGCUCUAUUCGGCGAAAGAACCCUUCAAACCUGCACCCCCAGAGGAGUAUCGCUGAAGAGUCCGUGACGGGAAGUGGCGAAGAGAAACCCGAAGAGGAGUCUGUCCGUCUCUCCCGUCCUCGACAGGUUCAACUCAUUCAGGGAAAAAAUGCCACCCCCACCCCCACUAGCCCCACCUCCCCUACUGCUCCCACACCAGCGGCCAUGAGCCCCGGAGAGGAGGUGCAGAUGACCUGGACAGACGAAACAGAGAAGACCAAUAACCCAGCUGUGGCCAACCCUGAAAACAUAAAGGAUAUGUUCAACAUGAAACCGGAAUGGGAGAACCUGAAUCAGUCGAAUGUCAGGCGCAUGCACCAUGCGCAGAAGCUCAACGAGGUCAUCGUGAAGAAGUCACAAGAAGCGAAACUAGUCCUGCUAAACAUGCCUGGACCUCCUAGGAACCGCACCAACAAGACACGGCCCAUGGAGAAUUCAUUGUAUCAGAACUAUCCAUUUUUUGCUGACAUUCAGGUGAUGAUAUUUCUUGGAUUCGGCUGCCUUCUGGCCUUUUUCCGCCGCUAUGGUUUUGGUGGAAUGGUGUUUAACUUCCUAGUUGCCACAUUUACCAUUCAGUGGGCCAUUCUGGUCCAGGGCUUCUUUCAGUUUUACUAUGAUGGAAAGAUUCAUCUUGGUGUGCUGAAUCUGAUCAAUGCAGAGUUUGCCUGUGCCGUUGUGCUGAUCUCUUUUGGAGCAGUGCUGGGAAAGACGAGCCCUGUGCAACUCCUGGUGAUGGCCUUGCUCGAGAUUCCUAUGUUUGGCGUCACAGAAUGGGCCGUCCUGAAAUACCUGAAGAUCAACGAUGCUGGUGGCUCGAUCCUCAUCCACAUUUUUGCCUGCUACUUUGGACUGGGUGUCACCUUUGUCCUCUACAGACCCAGCCUAAACGAAGGACACCCAAAAGAGACAACAAGUUACCAGUCGGAUCUGCUAUCCGUGAUGGGAACACUGUUCCUCUGGGUGUUUUGGCCAUCUUUCAACUCAGCUCUGACCUUCAAGGGUGACGACCAACACCGAGCCAUCCUUCACACAUUCAUAGGUCUCAGUGCCUCUACGAUCACUGCCUUUGCCCUGUCCAGCAUGCUCAGCAAGAAUGGCAAGAUCAGCAUGGCCGAUGUGCAGAACGUAACAUUGGCCGGUGGUGUAACUGUUGGGGCCUCAGUGGACAUGAUGAUUUCACCAGCCGUUGCUUUUAUACUAGGGAUCCUGGGAUGCAUUGCGUGCAUGCUGGGGUACAAAUACCUAAGCCCGUUCCUGGCGCGUCGGCUGCGAUUGCAGGAUCAGUGUGGCAUACACAACCUGCAUGGCCUAACGGGACUCAUUUCCAGCCUAGCAGGAAUCUGCGCCAUCCUGUUGGCGACUGAGGAAACGUAUGGCCCCAGUCUCUACCAGACCUUCUCUCAUCGAGCACCUCCAGAAGGAGACCCUCUGCUAGCAAAGUUGCAGGUAUUAAUCCCAGACCUGGAAGCGGGCUUGGGUCGGAGCGCACGGGAACAGGCGCUCUUUCAGGUGGCAGCCGUGUUCGGGACCAUUGCUGUGGCGGGAGUGGGCGGUUUGCUGACUGGAGUAGUUCUCAAGCUACCGUAUCUGGCUUCCCCCAGUGAUGAGAAAUGCUUUGAUGAUGAGCUUUUCUUUGACGUUCCUCCAGAUUACAACUGCGUCAACGGGCCACAGGAUGUAUGGUCUUACGUUCUCAGAGACACAAACAAAACUGAUGCUGACUGAAAAAAAGCUGCACUUGAAAAAGACUGAUGUUUGACAAGAGCAUUAAAUAGGAGGGAGGAAUAAAUCUCAAUGUUGGACUAGACCAUAAAAUAUUAUGGACUUUAGAAUUGAGUACUGUGUAACUUGCUAAAUGGUGAUUAUAUUUACCCAAAAAUGGUUUAUUUUAAUAUUUGAUGCAUGGGAUAAGAUUCAUAUACUGGUUUUUGUAUUGAAAUAUAUAAAGUGUAUGCUUGAUUUUGAUAAAAUUAUGUAUUUGUAAGAUUUUUUUUUUUUUAUGAAUCAAAUAUUUCUAUAUACAACAGUUAAUUUUCCAUUUAUAAAUUUUAUUUUAGAUUACCCUUAUGAAAAUAAUAUACUUUAAAAGAAAAUACUGCAAACUAAAUGUAAUGUUUUUGGAAAAUGAAUUGCAUGUUAUAUGCAAUUAAAUGAAAAUGUAUUAUAGUUUAAAUAUUAAAUGAAGUUAGCUGAACUUUAGAGUGCUUUUUGACCCACACCUUUGUGUAAUUAUAUAAUUACUUCUACUACACUAAAAGUGUACUUUAAUGUAAUUUCCAUUGAAAAUUGUAUGUCAUGUAUUUAGACAUUUGUAAUUUGCAAAUUGCAAGAUGGUACAUGUAAAAAUAUUUCCUUUACAUGUGCUUUGUAUGUUAGUCAGAAUAAGUGUACUUUAAAGCAUGACAAAACAUUAUUAAAACAAUGAUUUAAAAUGUAUUAUAAUGUAAAACAUUUAAUUUGACAUUUUUAUUACAAGUUUUGUACUUAAGGGUCUUGUCAUGAAAGUAUACUCUAAGUUCAUUAAAAUGGCCUUUUAUUUUAUUAAUAUUAUAUUAUCUGCAAGCAAUUUUUUUGUAUUUUGAGCACAACUAUCUGUAUUUCUCAUUGAGUAACGGCAGCAACACCUCCCUCAUUGAACAAAAGAUAAAGCAAUAUUAAAGUUAAACAGUUAACAGUUCAAAAUCUAAACUAUGAUGUACAUUA